AUGCCGCACUUCAGAGAACAAGAGUUCUUCGGCGGAGCCAUCAAAGGCAUCGUGCCCCAAGGCUGGAUCGAUUCCAGUACCCUCCGCGAAGUCCCCGACCACCAAGAGCUUUUCCUCUCGCCAAAAACACUGUCAACCCUAAUCAUCGAAAUCAACCAGCGUGUCUCGGAGGAAGAAUCUCAAAGCACUUUGUCAACCCUAAACCACCAAUUCUCAGGCCCAGACUCAACCGACAAAGCCGCAGUCAUCUACCACCUCCACGACCUCUGCGACGAAGGCGACACCAUGCAAAUCCUCACCCCACCACAGCGCGUGGAUGUACCUAAGAUCCCAGGCUCUGCGCCGUCUGGUGCCGCUUCUGUUAAGGCGUAUCGGAGUGCUGUUUCUUUCACUACGCCUAAGAAGGAGGAUCCGUCUGUUUUCGCUACUGUCCAAUGUCAUUCGUUGCUUGUCAGGCUUGAAGCCCAGGAGACUGAUCUGUUGGUUUUCUUUAAUGUUCCCCGUGAAGAGUUUGAGAAAGAGGGGGAUGAGGCUGGGUGGAAUGGGGAGGUAAGCGCUGCGGAGGGGACUGUUGGGGCAUUAAUUGAGAAAUUGGAGAUUUGUGAUUGGGGGCUUUUUGUUUAG